AUGGUGCUCGCGGAGCUGGGCGGCAGCAUCUCCCGCGCGCUGGCGCGGAUGAGCAGCGCGACGGUGGUCGACGAGAACGUUUUCCGGGAGUGCCUCAACGAGAUCGCGCGCGCGCUCAUGCAGGCCGACGUCCGCUUCAAAAUGGUCUGCGACCUGCAGGCCAACAUCAAGAAGUCCGUCAACCUCGAGGCCCUCGCCGCCGGCACCAACAAGCGCCGCGUCAUAGAGACCGCCGUCGGGAAGGAGCUCUGCAAGAUGCUGGAUCCCGGGAAGCCCGCCUUCGUCCCCAAGAAGGGCAAGCCCAACGUCGUCAUGUUCGUCGGACUGCAAGGCUCUGGGAAAACCACCACAUGUACCAAAUACGCGCAUUAUCAUCAGCGCAAGGGAUUCAAGCCGUCACUGGUUUGCGCCGACACGUUCAGAGCCGGUGCUUUUGAUCAGUUGAAGCAGAACGCAACCAAGGCCAAGAUACCUUUCUACGGAAGCUACAUGGAAUCAGACCCUGUCAAGAUUGCUGUUGAGGGCCUGGAAAAGUUCAGGCAAGAGAAAUCUGAUCUCAUCAUCAUCGACACGAGUGGGCGCCAUAUGCAGGAGGCUGCGCUCUUUGAGGAGAUGCGGCAAGUUGCCGAAGCAACGAAACCAGACCUGGUGAUAUUUGUGAUGGACGGCAGCAUUGGUCAGGCUGCGUUUGAUCAGGCACAGGCAUUCAAACAGAGCGCUGCCGUUGGUGCUGUGAUUAUCACGAAAUUGGAUGGCCAUGCGAAAGGAGGCGGUGCACUGAGCGCGGUUGCAGCUACGAAAAGCCCAGUGAUAUUUAUUGGAACUGGAGAACACAUUGAUGAAUUUGAUGUUUUCAAUGUGGAACCAUUUGUCGGCCGUCUGCUAGGUAGAGGAGACUUGCCUGGCUUACUCCACAAGAUGGAAAGUAUUGUGCCUGCUGAUCAACAAUCUGAGCUUGUGGCAAAGCUGGCUGAAGGAGCCUUCACUCUCAGACUUAUGUAUGAGCAAUUCCAGAAUCUCCUGAAAAUGGGACCAAUGGGCCAGAUCUUCUCCAUGCUGCCCGGGUUUAGCUCGGAGCUGAUGCCGAAAGGACAGGAGAAACAAAGCAAAGAAAAGAUCAAGCGGUACAUGACGAUCAUGGACUCCAUGACAGCAGCAGAGCUCGACAGCAAGAACCCGAAGCUGAUGACCGAGUCGCGGAUCCUCCGGGUCGCUCGAGGGUCGGGCAGGCAAGUGAAGGACGUGACGGACAUGCUGGAAGAGUACAAGCGACUGGCCAAGAUGUGGAGCAAGCUGAAUGUGUCGAAAUUGAUACCGCCGAACGGAAAGAUGAGUGACCAGGCCAUCCAGAAGAUGCUCAAAGCCUUGCCGCCGCAAGUGGUGCAGCAGAUGGGGGGCAAAAGUGCCUUCGAGGCUCUGGUGAAGCAAAUGGGCGGCGGCAAGGACAUGAGCAAAAUGCUUGCUGCCAUGAAGGGUGGUGCCUAGUCUUGCAAAUGUAGGUGGUGCGCUUGCUACGUUGUAGUAGAAUUUCUCUCCUGACAAGAUACUACGUAUAUGGUUCCCAACUACGGAACUACCCAUUGUACUUAAAUUUCUCUGAAACUGACAUGUAGACAAUCAAAUUCACUGAGUGUGGCUUUUGUCACUUUAUUAUC